AUGGACGAUACUUCAGCUGCUCAAAUUGAGUCACAGAGCUACUCAAACGAGUCGCAAGAUACUCCUCCAACUGAUUCAGCUCUCGCGGAAACCUUCAUUCACGACUGGUAUAUUCGGGUGAAGGCGUCCUUCACAGCCACCUCAACUUCUGCAAUUGUCGCUCAGAUUGCAAUUGUCGAACAAAAAGUGGCUGCUCUAUACGAGAAUCUCAAAUCUCAGCUGAACUCCCAAAACACCAAGCUCUUUCCUGGACGAUUUAUCGACGAAUCGGACACGAGAACAGAUAAAGCGUACACGUGCUACUGGUUAAUUGGCCUGCCAGUCAUUGCAUUAAACGAGAUCACCAAAGCCAGGAAACUGGUGCGAGAAUGGGAGACCCAAAUACGUGCCGAACUCCCAAUGGAUAAAGUGCAAGGGAAAUUCGUAACACGAGAUGCUAUCCUGCAACAAUCUCUCAAGCCAGAAAUUCCCAUUGAAGCUCUUACAUCCUUGAAAAACAAGAAGCCAGAAGUAGAAAUGAGAAAAACAGGAGAAUCAUUCAAGAAAACCAAAAAUAGCAAUCCUAAACAAAUCCGGCAGCAAUUCCUGCGGCACGCCAUGGGAGGCGAGACGUCUGCCAAGGGCAGCUCUCCGGGGGGAAAGUUGAGGCCCGCAAAAGAUGUAUUGAAUAGGUUGAAGUAUGACAGCAGGUAUAAUAUCAAGGAUUAUGUGGUGGGGUAUAUUGAUAGGAAGGCUGGAAUAUUGGAGAAGCCUGUGGAGGAGUGGCAGGAGUAUGAAGAGGAGGAGCUGAUUGCUUAUUUCAAGCAUGUGCCUGAUGAAGAGCUUGUUUGGGAUCGGGCUAGGAAAGUUGAUUCUGUGUCCCAUGGACGAGAUUAG